CACGAUAAUAGGGAUCAAAAGUUGGAAGAAGCAUUCUUGGCCGAAAGCUCUCUGGAGAAUAUUGAUAGUGGCUACGAAGAAGAAGACGAUGAUGACGAAGAGCUUGACCAGCUAUUAUUUGAUUUGAAUGAUGAUAUAAAGAUAGACAUUUUCCUUGAUUCCCUUGAAUAUCAAACCAAGCUUAAUUUGUAUAACCUGCUCAGGCGAGAUCUACAACUCCAAGAUGGCAACGAUAUGUUUUCUAAAAAGAAUAAAUCGGUCAUUGACAAGGUUCAACUAUUUCUUAUUAUAUCAAUAAAGUUGUUUAUGACGGGAUUGAAAUUAAUAGUUCCAUUGACCAAAUAUGUCUAUCAUAAAUUUCAACAUAAUCAAUUCUACUUGCUCAAUAGCAAGAAUGCUGAUAAAUUAAUCGAUUACAUCCUUAAAUUAAUGAACUAUUUGGACACCAAAUUGAAUAAUAAUGAAGAUAUCAUUGAUAAAAUUUCUCAACAUGACUAUAUUAAAUCCGAGGAACAAAUGGAACAAAUAUACAAAGACUUUACCAAUUAUGCAGGAGAGUUAUUUGAUCCAAGUAAGGUCAUGGACAAAUAUAUCAGCAAAGACGAUUCAAUAAAGAAGGGUAUGGUUGAAUUCUUCAUCAACAGAAUGAGCCGAGAAGAUAAAUCUUCCUAUGAAAAGAAUCCAAAAUAUAAUAUGUACUACAGCGGAAGAUCAAAAAAUCCUACACCGAGAUCUACUACACCUAAACCAAAUACAUCCAGAAAUAGUCAUCUAUUUGAUAGGCGAGGUAACAGCACCAGUGGAAGUGAAACUUCUUCAGUUUCAGGAUACAAAAGUUGUGCCUCGUACGCUUAAAUCACUUCAAUCCUUAUCUUUCCGAAGACAGUGCUGGAUUGUUGCAUUUUGCUUUUCGUUUAUAGAUAACUGAAAAGAUUGCAAAUGUGUGAAGCGUAAAGUGGUUUUUAAGGGAUAAUUCCCCAAAAAAAAAUUUUUAUAUUUUACCUUUCGUUAAACUUUAAAAACUGAAAGGGGUUUUAAUUUUGACUUUUGCAUUAAGCAUUUGAUGCUUGUAUUCACGUUUUCGAAUUGACUUUUGCUCUUAUUUACGUUACUUGUUUAACCUUUCGUAGCUAUAGUUAUUUAGCUUUUUUAAUAUUAUUUAGUUCAAUAGUAAACUGUAAUUUGUAGAAUAUAUGCAUG